GGAGGCGCGGCGGGGAGAGGCGGCGGCCGCGCCGGCCCGCGCUGCACCGGGCAGAGAGGCCGGCGGGGAGCGGAAGGCAGCCCCGCACCGCGCCACCCCGCUCCCCCUCGGCCGCUCCGCCGCUGGCGGGGCGGCGAUGAGGCGGCGCUAAGCGGCGUUAGCGGCGCAGGGAGGGCGGCGCGGGCCCCCGCGCCCCGGCCGCCCCGUAGGAGGCCGCGGGCCGGCGGAGGCGGAGGGCGGCGGGACCCGCGGCGGAGCCGGAGCCGGGCGGCCAUGAUGCAGUGAGCGCUCCCUCCCCGCGCGGCCGGGCGGGGGCCCGCGUUAGCGCCGCUCCCGCCCGCCUCCUUACAUAACAUAACCCGGCGGCCGAGCGGGGCUGCGGCGGCAGCACCAGCGCCAUGGCGAAUGACAGCGGCGGCGGCGCCGGCCAGGGCGGCCAGGGCGAGAGCAGCGGCGGCGGCAGCAGCAGCGGCGGCGGCAACAGCACCAGCGAGCGCGAUCGGCAGUACUGCGAGCUGUGCGGGAAGAUGGAGAACCUGCUGCGGUGCGGGCGCUGCCGCAGCUCCUUCUACUGCAGCAAGGAGCACCAGCGCCAGGACUGGAAGAAGCACAAGCUCAUCUGCCGUGGCGGCGGCGCGGCGGCGGCGGGCGCGGCAGGGGGCGCUACCGAGCCCCGCGGCGGGCACCCCCCGCCGCCUCGCGCNNNNGGCGGGGCUGCGGCGAGCGGCAGCGGCCGGGCCGGGGCCGGCAAGGGCGCAGCGCCGUCGUCCCCGGACGCCCCCGCCGAGGCCGCCCCGCUGACCAACAACCACGUCGCCGCUGCCGCAGCUGCCAGCGGUGAGGCAGAGGCCCCGGCUGCGGCCCAGUCCCCGUCGCCCUCCGGGGAGGCGGUGCUGCUGUACCGGGACAAGUCGAACCUGUACCCGGGCGGCGUGCAGGCGGGGCCCGGCGGGGCCGCGCUGCGCCCCAACGGGCAGACGAAGUCGCUGGUGCCGCAGCGGCUGGCGCUGGAGUACAUCGUGCCCUGCAUGAACAAGCACGGCAUCUGCGUGGUGGACGACUUCCUCGGCAAGGAGCUGGGCGGGCUGGUGGCCGAGGAGGUGCGGGCCCUCCACCACACCGGCCGCUUCACCGACGGGCAGCUCGUCAGCCAGAAGAGCGACUCCUCCAAGGACAUCCGCGGGGACAAGAUCACCUGGGUGGAGGGCAAGGAGCCGGGCUGCCAGACCAUCCGGCUCCUCAUGAACAGCAUGGACGAUCUCAUCCGGCACUGCAACGGCAAGCUGGGCAACUACAAAAUCAACGGCAGGACGAAAGCUAUGGUGGCUUGUUAUCCAGGCAAUGGAACAGGAUACGUGCGCCAUGUUGAUAAUCCAAAUGGAGAUGGAAGAUGUGUUACAUGUAUAUAUUAUCUUAAUAAGGACUGGGAUGCCAAGGUAAGUGGAGGCAUCCUUCGGAUAUUUCCAGAAGGUAAAGCCCAAUUCGCUGAUAUUGAACCCAAAUUCGAUAGACUGCUAUUCUUCUGGUCUGAUCGCCGCAACCCUCAUGAAGUACAGCCAGCCUUUGCUACAAGGUACGCAAUAACAGUGUGGUAUUUUGAUGCAGAUGAAAGAGCACGAGCUAAAGUAAAAUAUCUAACAGGUGAAAAAGGUGUGAGGGUUGAACUUAAUAAACCUUCUGACUCAGUUGGGAAAGACGUUUUAUAAGCCUUUGAUUUAGCAACUCCCUGUGCUAUUCUCCCUGAUAAAUCUUGAUGCUAUCUAUUAACUUUUGAAUGUGAAUAACAAGAUAAAGGAAAAUCAACAACAAACCAACAUCUUAAUAAGGAAGCAAACAGUGUUUCAAUGUUGCAUCAAAUAGAAGGUUCUUUGACUGCUGAAGCAUUGUACUAUGUGAUUGUGACUCCAGGCCUGUGACUGCUUAUGUGAAGAAGAUAAGCAAUCAGUAAGAAACAGCAUAUGCAUCUGGACAUAAAUAAGUGCCCUACAUAGAAUUUGUCCAUUCUUAUAUUUUGCCAGACCUGUCAUCCAGCUGAAUCCAUUUCAUCUCUCCCUUUUUUUAUAUGGUAAAAGUUUGAAUUUUGGGUAAUUUUUGUAUGACCAGGUACAGUUUAUCAAAAUUGAGUCUUAAAAAAAAAAAAAGAAAAACUGAAAAAAAAGGAAAAAAAUUACAGUAUUCUCCAAAA